AUGGUAUCAGAACAUUCUCCAUCAAUGGAAUCGCGCAGCAUUGACCUCCAGUUUCUCGAGGGCAAGACCAUUUUCAUCACUGGUGUAACGGGCUACCUAGCAAAGAUUCUCUCCGAGAAGAUACUCGGAGUCCAACCAAAUGUGAAGAAGCUCUACUUGCUAAUUAGAGCUCCAGAUCCAAAUUCAGCUAAACAACGCUUUGUCAACGAGGUUCUAAAGACAGAUCUGUUCAGAGUUCUAAGGGAGAAGUUGGGCGCCAAUCUGCAGGGCUUUAUACAAGACAAGGUUUUCCCAGUUCCCCGGGAUAUAGCUUGUGAUAGUUUUGGGAUAAAUUCUGAGCUGAAAGAUCUGAUGUGCAGAGAAGUAGACAUAAUUGUAAACUCUGCUGCAACUACAAGAUUUGAUGAAAGAUACGAUACUGCUAUAAGUGUCAAUGUAGUGGGUGCCAUGCAUGUUGUCGAAUUCUCCGGGCAGUGUUCAAAACUAAAGAUGCUUCUCCAUGUAAGCACAGCCUAUGUAUGUGGGGAAAAAGAAGGAUUGAUACUAGAGAAGCCAUUGAACUAUGGCGAGACUCUUAAUGGGAGAUCUAGCUUAGACAUUCAUGUGGAGCGAAAGUUGGUAGAGGAAGCACUAAAGGACCUUCAAGAUAAGAACGCCACAGAAAAAGAAGGCAAGGCUACAUGGAUGGCCAAACACAUACUCAUUCUCACAAAAGCAAUGGGAGAGAUGCUCCUGGGACACUUCAAGGAGGAUCUCCAACUCAUAAUCCUAAGGACAACAAUUAUAUUGAUCACCUACAAGGAUCCAUUCCCAGGAUGGAUUGAAGGAUUGAGAACCACAGAUACGUUCAUUGCUGGCUACGGUAAAGGAAAACAGAAUGUCCUAAUGGGCGAUAGACAAUCAAUAAUGGAUGAGAUUCCAGCCGAUAUGGUUGUUAACUCCGUCAUCGCCGCUAUGGUAGCCCAUCAAGAUCCAUCUUCCCAUACAGUUGUUUACCAUAUUAGCUCCUCUAAGAGGAAUCAACUAAAAAGUGGUGAUAUUAUACAAUUCUUCGUUGAUUACUUCAAGAAGAAUCCAUGGAUUGACGAAAGUGGAAAGCCAGUCAAAGUGAAGAAAUUUCAUGUACUGGUAAGCAUGGAUAUGCUUCACAAUUUCGAUGAUACCAAUGCUGAAAUGUUGAGAAUGGCAACAAAAGAUAGUAAUGCAGAUGGUACAUUUAACUUUGAUCCGACAACCAUUCAGUGGGAAAAAUACUUCAAGGAAACUCACAUUCCGGGAGUUGUGAAAGUGGGGAAGCGUAAAAUCGCUCCAACUAAUUAG